GCUGAAACCUUACGGAUGAGCGGGAGUAGAAACAACAUCGAAAUUCACCAACUUUGUCAUUCUCGUCACAAUUGGACAGCCUGCCGUAUUUUGGGCAUAUCUUCAUUGUUUCUUCACGGAAUUGCAAACCGUUUGAUUCUGUGGAUGCCUAAGAUCUUGAAAUUUUGGAAACUUUGGAUGGUUUCUUGCUUCUUCUUUUUCCUUGAACCAACUAUGGAGGAGGGGCUGUGUUUUCUUCUUCUUUAGCACCAAGAAUUCAUGGAGUUUUUCUUGGUUUUCUCCCUUCCUUGUUAUGGCCGACAGAGAGAGAGAGAUGGGAGAGUUUAGGAGAUGUGUGGUGAAGUGGAAGUUUGACAAAAUGGAGGAGAGUUUUGGAGUAUUAUAUGACAAGAGCAGGGCUGCCACCUCUGGGAAAUCAAAGUCAAAAUCCCGGGCACCGGCAACAAACUCCAAGGAGCGCCUCUACUACGGCGACGGGUCGUAUCUCUGGUUCGAUUCCGAGGAGGAGCGCGCCCAUUUUUUCACCUUCUACUCUAAACGGGUUGUGACUCCCCCACGGAUCGUCCCGGAGCGCUUCCCGGAGUUGCAGGGCUACGACGACCUCGACGCAGAGCUUCACCAAACAGGUCUUUGGUCGUUCAUCUCCCGGGCUCGGAAGGAGAUCAACCCGGCACUGAUUCGGGUCUUCUACUCCAACCUCCAACGUGAGGACGACGUGCUCUACUCUUUGGUCAAGAGCACGCCGAUUGAGCUCACCAUUGAGCAGCUUGGGCGCAUCGCCGGCCUCCCUUACCAAGGCGACGACAUCUCCAACUAUGGCGGAGAGGAUUGGGUUCUCAACAACGAGAGCCUUGUCCUCAACGAGCUUGGCAUCACCAAGCUCAUCCGCCACGCCACGGGCCGCCCCACCAUCCACUUCGCGACCCCCGAGAGCCGCCUCCUCCUCUACAUCGUGUCCCGGAUCAUCAAGCCCCGGAAGCAUGGGCACACGAUCAUGUCCGGUGAGGACCUCAAGCUCCUCCAUGCGAUCAUGCACUCGGCGCUAAUCAAUUGGGCAAAGUUUGUCAUGAUCUACAUGCUGAUCGCCGCGUCCACCGACCACGAUCACCUUCUCCCGCACCCGUUCUUGGUGAUGGACAUCUUUGAACGCUUCAAGGUCACCACCAUUGUUGGCCCGCUCACGAAGGCCAUGAAGAUUUGGACAAUCAGCACCCAAACCUUCAAGAAGCGGUCGGACAACGCUGGACCUGCCACUACCGAGCCACGCCGCACUGCCACUGGCCCAGCCGAACCCCAGGCCCGGGCCAACCUAGCCUCCAUCGCCGACUCCCUCAACCGGCUACACUUCAAAGUCGACGGGAUGGACGGGUACCUUGAUCGGCUCGAUGAGGCUGUUCAACGCCAAGGGCACGCCAUGAACGCGUACUUCCAAUGCGUCAACUACGUCCCCCCACCGUACCAAGGCACAUCCCUCGGGCAAGUGUACGGUGACGAGGACAAAGAGGAUGGCUCCUACGCCCCGUCAAGCUCCCCGGACGAGGAUGAGUUCAAUGACGCCGUUGACGGUGAUGAGAUGGACGUCGACGACGACGAAGAAACCAGAGGCGAAGUGGAGGAAGACGAAGCAUAGGACGCCCCUAGAAUUUCUAUCUCUUUUCUUUUAAUUAUCAUGUUUUUUUUAAAAUGCUUCUGUUGUACUCUGAUAUUUCCCAAUUCAAUCAAUAAAAGUUAUCUUU